GCUUUUGUGACUUGUGACCAUUUUCUUCUCUUGCAAUAACCAUGAAGACUUCCUCAGGUACAUCUCAUCUUUGUCCUUCUCUAAAAUCUUUGUCCAAUAAAGUAGGAGGCAUGUUCUGCCACUGUGGUUCACCAAACAAGUACAAGAGGUUGGACACAAAGCUUGAAAAGAAACUGGUUGAAGUCAAGAGAGGUUCACAAGGAGUUGGUAAUUUUAAGUCAAUAAACAGCAUAAUCAUGAAGUUCCCUCAGUUCAGAGAGGAGUUGAAAAGGAUAAGAAGUGUCUUUGAACAGUAUGAUGAAGAUUCUAAUGGCGCUAUUGACCGCGUGGAACUGAAAAACAGUUUACAACAACUUCAGCUCCAACUUAGCGAGGAGGAAGUUGAUGAUCUUUUUCAUUCUUGUGAUAUUGAUGGGAGUGAGGGGAUACAAUUCAAUGAAUUCAUUGUUCUUCUUUGCCUCAUUUAUCUCCUAAAGGACCAACCUUUAUCCUCUAAUAUUAUGUCGAAAAUGGGGUCGCCACAACUUGAAGCAACUUUUGAUACAAUAAUUGAAGUGUUCUUAUUCCUGGAUAAAAAUGGUGAUGGAAAACUGAAUAAGAAAGACAUGGUCAGAGCACUGAAUGAUUCUAAUACUUCUGAGAGAUCCCCGGCACACAUCACCAGGAGCCGAUUCAGAGAAAUGGAUUGGGACAGAAAUGGGCAUGUCAGUUUCAGGGAGUUCCUCUUUGCUUUCAUUCACUGGGUUGGAAUCGAAACCGACGAAGAAAUGCCCGUUACAGGAAGUUAUCAUGAGUAGUGCAUUAGAAUAUUUUUAAGUGGAAUAACUGUUUAAAAUGAAGGCUGAAUACAUGCAAACAUCUCAAACAUGUCAGUCAAACGGUAGCAAUUAAUUCAUGCUUAGUUCUUUUAUUGUUUCUUUGGAAUUUUGUUCUGCACUAUUUUGUGACUAACAAUCAUAUUAAAUAAGUGAUAUGAUAUUUUCUUUUCCAGAAUCUAUUUCUUCUCUCUAGAUAGACAAAACACGAGUAAUUUUAUAUA